AUGAAGAAGAUCUUCAAGGGCCAUUCGCCCUGGGGCUUCCUGGGCUUUGGGCAUGCUGAGAACCAAGAACCUUCGUGGUACCUCACUGGGUACACGCCGGUGAAAAAGAUCCACAAAGCUGCAAGCAUGGGGGACAUAACGCAAGUGCAGAGGAUGCUCGAAUUUGGUAAUGUUGAUGUGAACAUUACAGACCGGAAGAAAAGGACUGCUCUGCAUUACGCCUGUGCUCACGGUCAGUCAGAAAUGGUAUCUCUCUUGCUAUGGUACAAUUGCAACAUGGAAGCCCGAGACCGGGAAGAAAGCACAGCUCUGAUCAAGGCCACCCAGCGCCAGCAUGAGGAAUGUGUAAGAAUUCUACUGGAGAACGGAGCUAACUCAAAUGCCAUCGAUACAUAUCAAAACACCGCCCUCCAUUACACAGUGUACAACAACAACACCUCCAUAGGCGCCAGACUUCUGACGGCCAACACAAACACUGAAAUCAAGACAAAGCAUGGCUACACCCCGCUCAUACUUGCAGUAAUUGAGAACAAACAGGAGAUGGUGGAACUGUUACUACAGGCCGAGGCCAACAUAAAUGCCCUGGAUAACUGCAAGAGGUCUGCCCUCAUACAUGCAGUGAGAGCUCAGUCUAAAAAGAUGAUCAGCCUUCUUCUCCAGCAAGGUGCUGAUGCCUCGUUGGUGGACGCCUACGGAGCGACGGCACAGAGUUACGCUGUCUUUGAAACCUUUCAAGUGCUUUCCCAAGGCCCUGGUCCCAGCUGUCCUGAGCCUACAGCAAAAGAGGAGGAACACAAUUUGGACACCAAGGAUGGCUGCAGAGCAUGUUCACCUCGCAUUCAGGAAAACAAGCAAAGGAUGGCAGAGUUGCCAGCAAUCAAGGAAAGCGUAGACACAGCUGAGCUGCUGGGGAGCCUUGCCGACAAGCCUAGUAAUGCCAAGUCCACAGGAGAAGAUGAUGAACACAGCUUCAGUACCAAGCCUUUGGGGGUCCAGUCACCCAUGCUGACUGAAUCCAGCCUCUGGAUUGACUACCCUGCAGACUGGCCUGAGCCCAUUAAGUUCUCCAGGCAGCCAGCGGUCUACAACCCGAUUGAAUGGAGGGAAGACAUGGAAUCACGGUCAGUUCCUCUAAAAGAGAAUAAACAGCAGGUGACAGUCUUGUCAGGAAAGGAGGCAAAGGUACAGACAUGUGAGCAGCAGACCAGGAUUUCUAAGGAACCUGGUUCUGAUGACCCUACAGCAAAAGAGACCGCUAAGGAUGAAGUGGUGUCAUUUUUAGAUCCCCUGGAAGAAAACAAACCACAGAUGAAGGAGUUUUCAGUAACUGAAGCGGCCCAGGCCCAGGCAGGCGUCAAGCUGGAGAGACAAACUGUUUUAGACUAUGAAGAAAAGGGACUUGAAAUUUGUCAAGACAGCAAUCUAGAAGCAACGGACAGUACUGAAUCCUACUCUAUACUAAGGUUCUCCACCAAACCUGAUCUUAGUGACCCUGAGCCUACAGCGAGAAAGGACGGAUGCAAUUUUGAUACAAAGGACGGGGAUCCGUUAGAGAAACCUCCCCUGGCGGCGAGAGCAAGCCAGCAUCAAGCUAAACAGAUGAGCCUUCCACCUUUCCAACCGCAGGAGCCGGAGACGAGCGCGGCUUCCGAUGAAGAAGAUGAUUCGUGGGGUCCUUCAAAGCCCACUGAGUGGCGAGGGCUUGGGGCUGGGUCGAUGGAAGGAGGGAAACUGGCGUGUGAAGAAACUGUCCGACUUGCCGUAAACGAGCUAACCGCGAAGCUGGGUGAGGUCUACGAAGGUGUCAAAACUAAUGUUUACCAUGAGGAAAAGGGACUACCCGACGACUCCCCAGGAAAAACUCAGCCGAAGCCGGCCUCCCCUACACUGGCCUGUAAUAUGCUUGAUUAUGAGGACAGAGAUGUAACUGCAGCGCUGGUCUCUGGAGCACUGCGGACCUUUCCCCGACAGAAGGAAGGUGGCCUUGGAAAUGCCUUUCCGUCUCCCUCGUCCUCUCAGGUCGUGGAAUACAGUGGCCAGUCAAUUGCUAAGUCUCCCCUAAGGAAAAAUCGAUCCGACUGUGAAAAUAAUACAUCCGAACGGGAAGAAUCUCUUCAUAAAAGCAAGAAGAAAUCUAAGAAUACAGAAAGUAGGAAGGUAAAAGGCAAAUGCCUACAAGUGUGUGGGGGUGAAAGGCAAGGGGGCCAGGAUUUCAAGAGCCAGCCGCAAAGAACUAUGCAACCAAAGCGUACGGACUCGCACUCCGAGUCGGGACCCAGGCUAAGGUCCAGCGAACCCAAAGGGCUUUCAGCCGCCAAGGAAAGGAAUCACGUGAGCGAAAUAAACAGUUGGGGUGAUUCUACCCUUCUUGUAAGCGACACUUACAAGAAAAGUAAAGGCGCCAGGGACUUGUCCCUGAAGCCACUGCCCCGCAAGAGCAGCAGAGGCCACAGCGACGCCCCAGCGUGCAGCGAGGGAGUUGUCCAUGCUGCGGCCCCUGAUGGCAGGACCCCAAGCGCUUCUAAGGAUGAAGAACUGCAGGACAGGCUGUCGGACAGUGAGUUGCGCAUCAUGGAGGAAGAGAUCCUAGCCUGGGAGAAAGUCCACCUUGAAAGCGAGAGUGCCUCUGAGGAUCUGCUGAACAAGUGUGAGGGGAUUUUAUCCGAUGCCACAGAUCAACAAGGGCAAAAUCUAGAAGCAAUCCAGGCAGCAGUGGAAACAGACUCUGAGGUGACAUCACAGCCGGAACACAAGAGUCUUGACAGCAGUGAAAAUACCCAGCUAUCGGAUGAAGUCCUCGUGAAGACUCGCCCCCAAACUCAGAAUGCACUUGCGGAUCCAUCCAUGCCAGUCCGGCCCCUGACUGAGAAGGAAAGCAUGCAAAUUCGCCCCCAACCUUUGCAUCUGGAAAAAAUGUCUGAAGACCCCAAAGUAAACAAGACAUGUGAGGAAGAAUGGGCACCUGGACAGACAGAAAUCCGUUCGGUGAACACACGCAAGAAAGAGUCCCUCUCUGGAGACGGAAUAGAGGAUGCUAGGGAGGUUGAAGACAUGAGAGAGACGCAGCGGAGUCCGGAAGUGGAAGUCCUAGAGACGCUACAGCUUAUGGUCGCCGACUCUAACGACAGCAGGUUGCUUUUCAAAAGAAAAGAUGGAAGAACUAGGAAGCCGUUUCCUACUGAAGAGAAAGAUGAGUUUGCUAAGAGUGUUCCCGACUCGUGUGUGAAAGAGGCAAAGAAAGGGGAAAGGGAAACACGGGCACCCCGAGAGCCUGUGGACACACCAGUACCUGAGAAGUCCCUUCCAGAAGCUGCUGGUCUGCUGCUGGUAGAGGACAGACACCGUCUGGCGGAACUGGAUCAGGCUGAGAGAAGGCUGACAAAGAGGCAAGCUAAAGAAAAGCACAAGACAGAAACCCAAGCAAAUGAAACAGAAGAAGCCAAUGGCAGGAGUCAGCCGUCUGUGACAGCCUCAGGCAGUGAUUCUAGUAGCCUGUGGAUCCUCUGGGAUAUGACUCAGUCAUAUGAAAGACUAAUAGAACUUAAAAAUAGUUACUAUGAGCUACUUACCAGAAAGCUUGAAAAGGUGGAAAAUAAAGCUAGUGGAGUGCAGAGAGAACAGACAGAAAUUAAAAAAAUAAAGCCCUGGCAACAGCACAAAGAAAUGGAAUGGGACGAGUUCUGCACUUUGAGGUUCCCCUUAAGGCAAGAUGAGAAGCAAGAAGAUGCUGAGCCUACAUCCCAGCAAAAGGAGUUUGCUGAGUUAAAAGGGGGAAAGGAGCGAUAUGAUGAGAAUGCAGAAAGGACUCUACAUCCGGAAAUCAGGGCAGUGAUUACAGAAGUAACGGCCGUGGAGGAUGAUUUGAGACAGUUCCACAAUCUGAAGGAAAACUGGGAAACUACCUAUUACAAAUAUCUACACAUGGUUGUAAAACUUCAGUUUAUCGAGCAGGAGCUAAUAGCAAUAAAAACAGAACAAAAAAAGUGCGGACACCUCCUCGAGAACCAGAGGAACCUGGAGGAAGAACUGCUCCGCUUCAAAAGCUGGGUGCGCGAGAACGCGACCCAAGCAAGAGAUCAAGACAGCAGGGAGAAUUUAAGAGACACCAACGAUGCUACCGCGAUAAGCCAGUUGGACCUCAGAAUUAAAAACAUGGAAUCUCAGCUAGCCCCGAGGGGAGCUCGGCCAAGUCUCCACAAAGGGGGAGUGCCAAAAUACAAGCAGCACUGUGGUGAAGAGAGAGGCAUGACACAGCCGCUGAGAACAGAGCUGGGGGAGCAAGCCAAAGCGAGGAAGUAG